AUAUAUAUAUACAAAAAUAUAUUUAUAUAUAUACAACAUAUAGGAGCGCCAUAGUAGAGCAAUCAAACAUAUCACUGCAAUCAUGGGAAAGAAAAAGCAGGGAAAAGUGACCUUGUCACUGAACGACUUCUUAGGAGAUGCCAAGCCCGCACCUGGCCCAAAGGAUGUUGCUCUGCCUUCAGCACCUGCAGCUCGCUUCGAUGAGGACGGUGACGGUUCGGGAGGCUUCGGCCGACAAGGUGGUUACGGUGCCGGCGGCUAUGGUGACCGUGAUGACCGAGCUCCUCGUGAGCCAGCUCCUAUUCCUGACAAGGCCCCGUUCAAGAUUUUCAUUGGUAAUUUAGACCGUGACUGCACUGAGCAAGAGAUCAUCGAGUUCUUCUCAGGAAUGACUGUUCUUCGUUUCCAUGCCGUGAACGAUCGCGAGACCAUGCAGUUCCGUGGGUUCGGCUACGUUGAGUUCUCCACUCGUGAUGAGUUGGUGGCUGCUUUGGCAAUGACUGGUCAGCAGCUCAUGGGACGUGGUGUGCGUAUCGAUGUCGCCGCAGUCUCAGACAGAGACACUGCACAGGCUGACGAGCGUACCAACAAGGCUUGGCGCACUGGCGGCGGCGGCGGUGGUGGUGGUUUCGAACAGCGCGAGCCUGAGAAUGAUCGUGCGACAGAUAGCCCCUGGAGGCGGAAUGACGGAGGUGGUGGCGGAGGUGACAGAUACAGUGGAGGCGGUGGCGGUCGCAGCUACAACGACAGGAGUGGUGGUGAUAGAUAUGGUGGCGACCGUUACGAAAGUCGUGGUGGUGGUGACAGAUACGGCGGCGGUGGCAGUGACCGAUAUGGUGGUGGCGGUGGUGACAAAUAUGGUAGUGGUGGUGGUGGUGGCUGGAGAGGCAGCGGCGGCGACUCGUACGGAUCGAGCAGGGACGAUGGACCAUCUGAACGACCCAAACUAAAGAUAGCCCCCCGCACCAAGCCAGUGGAGUCGAGUGCGCCUGCUGCCGCUUCUGGUGGUAGUGCAAAGAGCAACCCAUUCGGUGCUGCCAAACCUAUUGAUACGGCUGCUAAGGAGGCUGAGAUCGAAAGGAGGUUGGCUGAUAAGCGAUCGAAGGACGCCCCGAAGGAUGCUGACAAGGACGUCCAAAAUGUCACUGAGGGUGUAGCCAAGGUAAAUGUAUCUGACGAGUAAAGGAGUGGGUCUGAAGAUGGUUUGCCGCAGCUGGGGCCACGACCAGUGUUUCGGCUUUCGUUGGUUCCAGUUACGCAAAGUCACAGAGCUUUCUGUGCUCGAUAACAAUAUAGCACUUCAUAUCUGGGCGAUAUGAAUAUUUAGUACUAUUUUUCAAUUGUAUUAUCCUCAUCUGAAAAAAAUAGGGUCUGCCUAUCUCAAUUAGUUUGGUGGAAAUAAUUAAUUAAUAUAAAAUUGAAAAGUAAACCAGUUCAUCGCAGUUGAAAUGCAUUAGGGACAUUACUG